CCCUCACACGUGUCGCCCUACCAGGUUCUCUCUCUCUCUCUCCAAACCCCUUCCCCUUCCCUCUCUUAUUUUAUCCCCAUCCCCUCUUCCCUUGCUCCCCUCUUUUCCUCUAUCUCACAUGGAAUCCACAGACCCAUAUCCCCAACUCGACCGAGUCGACUCACUCGCCGCCGACCUCGAACUCGCCUCCGCCAGCUCCACCAGCCUCUCCUCCAUACUCAGCGCCGACGACUCCAGAAGCCCCACCAGCAGCUCCGGCGAGUUCUCCAGGACCACCACCAGCAGCUCCGGCGAGAUUCCGGCGUUUCUGCCCCCUUCCGGGGAGGAGAUAAGACCCCCGGCGGCGGUGGUGGUUAGGCCGAAGUGCGUUGGGAGGAACAAUAAGGGAGUGACGUGGGGGUUCACUUCGGUGAUUGGGAGGAGGAGAGAGAUGGAGGACGCGGUGGCUGUUAUUCCCGGGUUUAUGGCUCGCACGUGCGAUCACGUGGGAGGUUGUACGGCUCCCGGUUCGAGAACCUCCUCCGAGAUCUCCCCCGUCCAUUUCUUCGGCGUCUACGACGGCCAUGGCGGCAGUCAGGUGGCUAAAUAUUGUGCUGAGAGAAUGCAUGAAGUCAUAGCACAAGAGUGGGAUCGGGAGACGGUUGAUGGCUGUGAAUGGCAAAGGAGGUGGGAGACUACUUUCUUAGUUGGGUUCGAGAAGGCUGACAGUGAGGUCCUCACAGAGGCAGUUGCGCCUGAGAUGGUUGGAUCAACUGCAGUUGUAGUUGUCCUAUCUGGUUGUCAGAUCAUCACAUCGAACUGUGGUGACUCUAGGGCAGUUCUUUGCCGAGGGACAGAAACAAUCCCAUUAACUGUUGAUCAGAAGCCUGAUAGAGAAGACGAACUCACGAGAAUUGAAGGAGAGGGAGGGAAAGUCAUAAACUGGAAUGGCGCAAGGGUGCUUGGAGUUCUUGCCAUGUCGAGAGCUAUAGGUGAUCGAUAUCUAAGGCCUUGGAUAAUUCCAGUUCCUGAGAUUACAUUCACAGCGAGGACUGAUGAGGAUGAGUGUUUGAUUUUGGCAAGUGAUGGACUGUGGGAUGUAAUGACUAAUGAAGAGGUUGGGGAGGUGGCUAGACAUAUUUUAAGAAGGCGGCGAAGGUCCAUGUCUUCUAGUACUGAUGAUAUUUCUGCAGCACAAGCUGUUGCUGAUCAUCUGACUGAAAUUGCAUAUGGAAGAAAUAGUUCCGACAACAUAUCCAUUAUAGUUGUUGAUCUCAAAACGAAAAGAAAACGUCAGCCAAGGCAAUGAAGGGUGAGUGCAGUAACAAGGCUAUAAUCCAGUUCUAUUCUCACACCUUUUGAAAUUCAGAGGUGAGGCAGGAAGAUUUACUGCCAAAUGAUUUGAUCAGAAUCAGUAGUCCACCUUCAGCCUUCAGCUACCGUUAUCUGACAUGUACAGACUACAGAGCUGACUCGAUCAAUCUCUUCCAACUGUAACAACUGGAAACCAGUUUGUUACUAUGAAACACUAGAUCAAUCCUCAUUUUUAGUUGGCUUGGUCGAGAAAAGAGUAAGAGAUCACUAAGCAAACAGUAAAUUGUUUGAUAAUAUUUGCUUGAGGAUGAAGUAAAGAGAAGAAAGUAAAGCAGGGUUUUCUUUUUCCCUUUAUUUUUCCAACACUUAUGUUCUGAAAUGCGACAGGGAAUGCAGAUAUCUGGUGGAAUGUUUCUGAAGUCAGCACUUUGGACCGUGGUAGCUUCAGUAGUGUGUGCGCCUUCCUAAGUUCAGUUUCACUACAAUGGAUGUUGUAUCCUAGUAAUUAUUUGUUUUUCAAGAAAAUGUCACUUUGCUUUGCAUCAAAGAUUCAAAGGGCUGAAGGAUUAAUGGAAUUCUUCUAGAUGUGCUUCAAAUUAUACUAAUUUUGUUUUUCUUA